AUGCGUCUCGUCGACAUCUUGUUCAACCAGUUGCAGAAGAGAAAAACCGAGCCAGUGCAAGUUAAAACGGCUGUCGAUAAUUUUGAAAAAUGUAUUAUUGAUGUGAGAAAUAAAAUUGAUGACAUAAUAAAUGAAGCCAAAAGUAUUUGCACUGAACCCCAAGGCAACAAAAGGAGACGACGUAGUAAUAGCAGUCACGAUGACCGAGUUGCCGCAUUAGAAAUAUGCGACAAUAUAAUUUCAAUUCAAAGAUCAUUUGGUAGCCGCAUCCCCUUUUUUCCCGCAAACACUUUGGAGAAUACUGUGGUAAGUUUCCUGAUGACAAGUUGGAAACUACCUGCUUGGCUUAUCCCGAAUUCAGAAAAAAGUCGUUUAAAGACAGAGUUGUCUGUUAUUUAUGCACGGAAUGAUUGCCGAGAUUUACAUGGAACUCUGUCUCUUUUGAAAUUUCUGAUACAAAAUAGUUUGGAGGAAACACUAAAAGAAACAAAAAAGCUAUUAGAAAUUAUUGUUACAACUUCUAUGUCGACAUCAGAGGCUGAGCGAAAUUUCUCAACAUUGAAAAGAAUCAAGACCUUUCUUCGAAAUACUAUGACCCAGGAUCGCCUUACAGCGUUGUCGAUGCUGUCGAUUGAACAGGAAUUUAUUUCGACCAUGGAAAAUUUCAACGGGAAGGUGAUCGACAAAUUUGCUGCCAAGAAGGAGCGCAGGAUCGACCUGACAUAUAAAAAAUAG